AUGGCUUUGAGAAGACGUGCUGCUCUCUGCAUAUCCGAAUGCGAUCAUUAUAAGAUGGUAGUAUAUGCUUGUUUAGUCAGCGAGUCGGGAAGCGUGCGCGUCCAAGAAAGAGCGGGUGCGGCGAGGGCGCGAACGCCGCGGGGAGCGCACAAGGUGGCGAUCGGCGGCGGGGAGCUCGGCUUCUGGAGGAAUGGGGACGGAAGCUACAAGGCCUGGCGGUGGCGUGGGUGGCGCGCGCCGGGCCGGACGGAGGUGGUCGUCGUCGGGUGCUUGGCCACCUUGACCUUGCUCGUGCUGGUGCUCGGCGUCGGCGGCCGCGGAAGCCUGUCCGCGUUCUCGCCGCCGGAGACUACUGAGUUCGUGCAAAAGCCAGGCUGCAGGAUUGAACGCCAAGCCCGCGCCGCCGACUCGGCGCGACCAAUACCGCCUCAUCGGCGGGCGCUCCUCUCGCCGGCCUUCGACGAGCAGUCGUGCCGUUCCCGGUACGCGUCGCCUCGCUACCGCCGUCCGUCCCCGUUCCGCCCAUCCACCUACCUCGUGGAGCGCCUCAGGCGGUACGAGGCCCGGCACAGGCGGUGCGGACCCAGCGGGCCUCUCUUCAAGGAAGCCGUCCAACACCUGCGGUCCGGCCGCAACGCCGCGCGCUCCGAGUGCCAGUACGUCGUCUGGACGCCGUUCAACGGCCUGGGCAACCGCAUGCUCUCGCUCGGCUCCACGUUCCUCUACGCGCUUCUCACCGACCGCGUCCUGCUCGUGCACGCGUCCCAGGAAUUCGACGGCCUCUUCUGCGAGCCCUUCCCCGGCAGCUCCUGGACGAUCCCCGCCGACUUCUCGAUCACCGACUUCGCCGGCAUUUUCACUAUGUGGUCGCCGACGAGCUACAAGAACAUACGCGAGGCGGGGGCCGUAAGCGGUGACCACCGCAACGUCUCCGCCGAGACGCUGCCCGCGUACGUGUUUCUGGACCUCAUCCAGUCGUUCACCGACGCCGCCUUCUGCGAGGCCGACCAGCUCGUGCUCGCCAAGUUCAACUGGAUGGUGAUCAAGUCCGACAUGUACUUCGCGGCCAUGUUCUUCCUCAUGCCGGCCUACGAGCCCGAGCUCCAGCGGCUGUUCCCGGAGAAGGAGGCCGUGUUCCACCACCUCGCCCGAUACCUCUUCCACCCGUCCAACGACGUGUGGGGCAUCGUGCGCAGGUACUACGAGGCCUACCUUGCCAGGGCCGACGAGCGCAUCGGCCUCCAGGUGCGCGUCUUCCCGGAGAUGCCCGUGCCGUUCGACAACAUGUACGGGCAGAUUGUCCGGUGUGUAGAAGGGAAUAGACCAACUGGACGGUUUGUAUUGAUCAUCAAUGUGUACAUAUAUAGAGUACAAUCAGUGGCAUUUGGCCACGCAUGUGCAUGCAGUUGUAUAAGCUAG